GCCGCGACCAGAACGAUUUUGUGGGGCAGACAGUGGAGAUGGGCGACAUGAAGCUGCGAAUCAAGCGGGUGAUCGCAGAGGGUGGUUUUGCUUUUGUCUACGAAGCUCAAGAUCUUGGAAGUGGCAAAGAUUAUGCUUUAAAGCGAUUGUUGUCUAAUGAAGAAGAGAAGAAUAAAGCCAUCAUUCAGGAAGUUUGUUUUAUGAAAAAACUUUCAGGUCAUCCCAACAUUGUCCAGUUCUGCUCUGCUGCAUCCAUAGGAAAAGAAGAAUCGGACACAGGACAGGGAGAGUUUCUUCUGCUUACGGAGCUGUGUAAAGGACAGCUGGUGGAAUUCUUAAAGAAAGUAGAAUCCAAAGGACCUAUCUCCUGUGACACAGUUUUGAAGAUCUUUUAUCAGACCUGCAGAGCAGUACAGCAUAUGCAUAAACAGAAGCCUCCUAUUAUCCAUAGAGAUUUAAAGGUGGAAAACUUGCUUAUUAGUAACCAAGGGACCAUAAAACUUUGUGACUUCGGUAGUGCUACAACUGUAGCUUACUAUCCUGACUACAGCUGGUCUGCACAAAAGAGAGCAAUGGUUGAAGAAGAGAUCACAAGGAAUACAACGCCAAUGUACAGGACACCAGAAAUGAUAGACUUGUAUUCAAAUUUUCCAAUUGGUGAAAAACAAGACAUCUGGGCUCUGGGCUGUAUCCUGUACUUGCUGUGCUUUCGGCAACAUCCAUUUGAAGAUGGAGCUAAACUUCGCAUAGUCAAUGGGAAAUAUGUCAUCCCACAAAAUGACACCCGCUAUACCGUGUUUCAUGAUCUCAUUCGCUUCACUUUGAAGGUGAACCCAGAGGAGAGAUUGUCAAUCACUGAACUUGUGAAUCAACUGCAGGAGAUUGCAGCAGCUAGGAAUGUGAAUCCUAAAUCCCCCAUCACAGAGCUUCUGGAACAAAAUGGAGGCUAUGGAAACAAUGCUCAGCCUCGGACAUCUGUGACCUCUGUUUCACAGAGUUCCAAGCCUGCAGGACAGCUGAACAAUAUGUACAAUGCAGGCCUGACCGUUGCGGAAUGUGACCAGACUUAUGGAGGGUUCUUUGAUAUUCUGAGGGGUGGAACAGAGCGAUUUUUCACUAAUAUUAAGGAUACAUCUUCUAAAGUUAUCCAGUCUGUGGCCAAUUAUGCAAAAGGAGACUUGGAUAUAUCAUACAUCACUUCCAGAAUUGCUGUGAUGUCCUUUCCAGCUGAAGGUGUAGAAUCUGCCAUCAAAAAUAACAUAGAAGAUGUGCGAUUAUGUCUGGACUCUAAACAUCCUGGCCACUAUGCUGUGUACAAUCUCUCUCCAAGAACAUACAGGCCUUCAAGAUUCCAUAAUAGGGUUUCUGAAUGUGGCUGGCCAGCAAGACGAGCACCAAAUCUUCAGAAUCUUUAUAGCAUAUGCAAGAACAUGCAUUUAUGGCUGAAACAGGACCAGAAAAACGUUUGCAUUGUGCACUGCCUUGAUGGAAGAGCGGCAUCUGCUGUUGUAGUUUGUUCCUUUCUGUGUUUCUGUCGUCUCUUCACUACUGCUGAAGCUGCAGUUUAUAUGUUCAGUAUGAAACGCUGUCCUCCUGGCAUUUGGCCUUCUCAUAAAAGAUACAUUGAAUACAUGUGUGACAUGAUGGCUGAAGAACCCAUUAUUCCUCACAGCAAGCCCAUCCUUGUCAGAUCAAUCAUCAUGACUCCAGUUCCUCUUUUCAGUAAGCAGCGUAAUGGCUGCAGGCCUUUUUGUGAAGUUUAUGUGGGAGAUGAGAGAGUAACCACUACCUCCCAGGAGUAUGACAAAAUGAAGGAGUUUAAAAUUGAAGAUGGGAAAGCAGUAAUUCCACUAGGCAUAACAGUCCAGGGAGAUGUUCUCAUUGUAAUCUAUCAUGCCAGAUCAACGCUAGGAGGCCGCCUACAAGCCAAGAUGGCUUCUAUGAAGAUGUUUCAGAUUCAGUUCCACACAGGUUUUGUGCCCCGAAAUGCCACCACAGUGAAGUUUGCCAAGUAUGAUCUGGAUGCCUGUGACAUACAAGAAAAAUAUCCUGAUUUAUUUCAAGUCAAUCUGGAAGUAGAGGUGGAGCCAAGAGACAGACCUAGCUGUGAACAGCCACCGUGGGAUAACAUGAACAUAAAGGGACUGAAUCCCAAGAUCCUUUUCUCCACCCGAGAAGAACAACAAGAGAUUUUAUCAAAAUUUGGGAAACCAGAGCUGCCUCGACAACCAGGUUCAACUGCACAGUAUGAAGCAGAGGCAUCCCAGCUGGAGCAGUCUUCAGAAAGUGCACCGACUGAUACAGAGUCCCCACACAGCAGUAGUACUGAUGCGAAUAACUUCUUUCAUUCUCUGGACUGGAAAGGAAAAAAUCUGGAGAGUGGAAUAGAGGACAAAUCAUCUAAAAAUGAUCGUGUUCAACUAUCUGAUGACAGGGAGGAGAGUGAGCCUUCAGAUGAGGAAUUCCCUACAUUUCCAGGUGAAGAAAGUGCAGUAACUGUUGAUGAAAAAGACUCUAUUACUCCAGAAGGAGAGUUGCUUUUUGAAGCUCCAUCUACACUGUUACAAAAAUCUCUUCCUGAAGAGAAUGUAGAUUUACUGGGAUUAGACUCUGAUGUUUCACCAGAACAACAACCACCUGUCUCAGAAAUAAACUCUUCAUCAAGUAACGCGGACUUAUUGAACAAUCUGUUUGUGGGUAAUGCAUCACAGAUUUCGGAAGAGCCCACUGGAGAUCUUCUUGGACAAGGAACAGAUUUCUUUUUCAGUGGUCAGUGUCCAGCUGCUACUCAGGGUAUGUCUUCAGCAGCAGCCUUGUCCUCAGCUGAUCCUUUCGACCCAUUCACAAUGUCAUCAGGUUCAGAGACUCAAACUCUGUCUGGUACAGACCUCUUUGGGGACUUUCUUAAUCCAAGUUCAGCAUCUACAGCAACUACAGUUCCUUCCACACACGGUUCACUUCCGCCUUCUUCCAGCUCAGAUUUCUUAAAUUUAGGGAAUUUGACACCGGAGCCACCUAAAAUAUCAGCUUCUACAAGCCACCCAGAUCUCUUAAGUGGGUGGGAUUCUUGGGCAGAUUCCUCAGCAACCAGCAAUGUAGCGUCACCACAGCUGAAGCCUCUUUUUGAAGGUCAAGCUUUUACCACAGGGGGCCAGUCCAGUGUGUCUUCAGGUUUGUCUUCUAGCCAGGCUAAAUCUCAGAACUUUGAUCCUUUCGCUGAUCUUGCCAAUCUUGGAUCUGGUCUUCCAGGUUCUUCCAGUGGUGGACUCUCAAGUAGUGGCUUUGGUCAGAAGACUGCUCCAUCGCAGAAGCUGGGAAAUCAGUGGCAGAAAUCCACAAAACCACAAAGUACUUCAUGGCAGUCCCAGACUAAAUCCAGCACAGCAGCUAAACCCAAUUACACAGGAAACUUCAGUGUUAUUGGAGGGCGAGAAGAAAGAGGAGUCAGAAUCCCGAGCUUUGGUCAAAAGCCAAAAGUUUCAGAAAAUGACUUUGAGGAUCUUUUAUCUAAUCAAGGGUUUUCAGCUAAAUCUGAUAAAAAGGGACCAAAGACCAUUGCUGAGAUGAGAAAACAAGAAAUGUCUAAAGAUAUGGACCCCUUGAAACUCAAGAUCCUUGAAUGGAUUGAAGGAAAGGAGAGAAAUAUCAGAGCAUUAAUAUCCACUCUUCAUACCGUACUUUGGGAAGGGGAAAAUAAGUGGAAACCGGUCAGCAUUGCAGAUCUAGUAACUCCAGACCAAGUAAAGAAGUACUACAGGAAAGCAGUGCUUGUAGUUCAUCCAGAUAAGGCCACAGGACAACCUUACGAGCAGUAUGCCAAAAUGAUCUUCAUGGAAUUGAAUGAUGCAUGGUCAGAGUUUGAAAACCAGGGAUCAAAGUCCCUUUUCUAGAACUUGACCUUUUACAGAACUACUACUAAAAACUGGAGCUGAGCAUUGUUCUGACUUUAUUGCACCUAUCAUUUAUGAAGCAUUUUUCCAUGAAUUCAGCACAGUUUCAAUCAUGCACUUAAAUGUGGGGAUGUAUUUUGUAAGAUGUAGAGUACAAAGCAUUAUAUAGAUGCAUUAAGAAAACAGCUGCUCAGUACUUGAAAUCAUCACAAUCUGGGAGUAAAGAUUUCCUUUCAGUUUUAUAUGGUAAAAGACAAUUUUAAUGAAGCUCCAUGAUUUCUGGUAUACUAGUAUUAAUUAUAAAUCAUUCCAGUUUCAUUGAUCUUUGCUUUACCUCUGUCUUCCCCAAUUUGUCUGUUACUUUCAGUAGUUUUGUGAUUCAGUUUUGUUCUGGUGCCUGUUCCCUUAUUCAAAGUGCUUCAGUUAUCAGCAGUGAAUUUGCUUGGUUUAUCUGAAACCUGAAGAUGUACAUUUUCAUCUGUAUUUUAUGUCAUCAAUCUGAUAAUCAUUCUGUAAAUAAUGCUUUCUGACAAUGCCUGUGUUCCUUAAAAUAAAUUAACAGUUGUUUAGCCAAAAAGACCCAAAAUGUGGGAAAGUCAGCCAGGGUUGUUCUUGAUUUUUAAUUUUUAAGUAUCAUGAGUUUAGAAAAAAACCUGACUUUAAGGUCUGCAUGUUCCUGCUGUUUUGUUAUUUAUUAUGAACCUUUGGAAGGCAGUGCUCUGACCAGUGGUUAUUUUCCUAGUUCUUUAAGUCAUGUCUUUUGCUUCUGAUUUCAGUGGAACAUUCCUUCCAUUUGACUUAAUCUGGUAGAAAUAAUGGUAUUCUGAAACUUGAAGUGUAAGCACAAAACAUUUUUGAUUUGUCUGAGUAAAUACUACAUUACUCAUUAUCACCUGGAGAGCAUUUAAAGUGCUUGAACAUAUUUUGCUGCAUGUCUGAACUUCUGUAUUUUUUGAUAUGCAUGACAUCAGUGUAUGUGAAAACGUGGGGUGUAUCGGCAGACUGCUGCAUUUCUGCUCACCUGCCUUCCAUGUACUAGCUAGUGCAAGAUGAGUAGAGACACAACUUGAUAAGGAAACUUUACAUGUUUCCUCAUGCCUAUUCAGAAGGCAGUUUUUCACUAGUGCUGGGGUGAAUGAAUGCAAAUGACCAAUGACUGUUACACCCUGUGUAAUAACAAAGUACAAUUUUCAUAUCGUUUGAAAAUGUUGAAAAAUAGUGUUGUGGUAUUAAAGCUUUGUCAGCAGUAUCUUGAAACAGUACUGUUGGGCGUUUUAAGGGGAUAUUUUGAUCAUCUUGCCAUUUUAUACAUUUUGCAUGCUUAGCUGAGGGGAGCUGUACCAUUAUCAGAGGCAACUGUUCAGCUAAACAGCUCCUGAACACUGUGUUGGAUGAGAUUUUCCACUGCCAUGGCAGCCUGAGAAAUGAUGGGUUAGAGACUUGUGAACACAGGUUGCAAUUUAUAGUCUCUAAGCCCAGAUCGAACACAGUUACUUACUAACCUCUGAUAAAAGGGUUUGUGUGUAUAUUCAGAUAUAUAUUCAGCUACUGUGAUUCUUGUUUGUUUGUUGUUUUUUUUUUAAGAUGGAAGCCAGGAUCAGUUACGGAUCAGGAAAGUUAUGGUUAUAUAUUAUUCAUAGCUGCAGUUGUAUUUCAGUUACUGCUUUGAAGCAGUCUCAAAUCUCAGUAGAUUUUUUCAUAAAAACAGGUAACUUGCUGUCUGAUUUAGUCUAAGAGCUAAUCUUUGUCUCUUGGUAUCCAUUGAAAUCAUAGAAUAAACAGCUUCUGCUGGUAGGAUAGGUUUGUUGGAGACCUAAAUGGCUUUUUACAGUUCUAGGGCAAAUGAUAUCUAAUAAUAGGCUUAAAAAGGCACACACAGGUACAAAAUGACUGUGAUUGGCUGCACUCCUAUAUACAGCUGAGAGAUAAAGCAUUUCUGAGGGAGCUGCUUUUAGUAAGGAAGGGCCACUUUAAAAAACGAUAUUCCUUUCAGCACGUACUCUAAUUUCUUUCAGCACAUAGUAAUACUCAGUUUUGAGGGACACAUUUUUAAUUGUUCUUUUCUUGAAAUACAUCUAUAAAAUAAAACUAAAAUUGGGAGCAAAAUAUCUUCCUCUUUGUAUGGUAGCAUUUUCUGGGUUAUGUCUAUAUUUCUCUGUUUUUAUUUUUCUACUCUUGUUUGCAAAAUUUUCUUUAGUGGUGGAGAAGAACAUUAGGUGUGCUUUUAAUAGUGAGGGAAACGAGUGCAAUAGUUUUAUCUGGAACAGAAGAUCUCUUAAAAUUGAUUGCCCCUUUUUAAAAUUAUGGAAAAUCAUAACAUUUGGCUGUGGAUUUUUCCAAAGCUGAUUUGAUAGUGCAAUUUCAAUUAGGACAGGGCCCCUUGACUUAUUUUAUGGUUUAAUCGGCUCUGGUCCUCAGUGGGAGAGCUGGCUGAUUCCUGUAUCCUGCUCUUUUCUGUGUAGUUCAAUUUUGGUGCUAAGAAUCUGGGAGAAACUCAGUUUGGUAAACUCUCAAAUCCUGUUGAAUAAACUAUUUUGGUUGUGUUCUGGGUUUGUAUGUGUAACUGUCAUUUAGCUGUGCUGUGUACAAGAAUGUGCACUAUGGCCCUGUAAGCAAACUUCCAAUAUUCAAGUGAUGAAUAUGACCACAGUAAAAUGAAUUUUUGUGUUCUUUAAAAGAUAAAGCAACAGGACCACUAAAGGUGUUUCAUAGUGUAAGGCUUAUAUAUUAAAUUUUUUAGUUACAGGAAUCUGAGAAGAGGGAGGUUAAGGUAAAUUUUAUAUAAAUAUCAGUUGAGUCUUAGUGUUGCUUUUAAAGGAGAGGGUCAUUUGGAAGGAAAAGUCCAGAAGUUCUGUUUGAACUAAUCUUAAAACAGUAACAAAAAAAAUGGGGGGGAGGGGGGGUACCAAUCCUGUUUUUCAACCAUUCUCACGCUCUGUAUUUUGUUAACAGUUUAUCUGCUGUAUGGGAUAGACAGCACCCAAACUGCUAGACGCACAUUCCACUGUAUCUGUAUUCUUAAUGUACACAUUGAAAAUCUUUUAGAAUAGGCUACACUGAUUAAACUGACUUGAUUAGAUAUUGUGAAUUCUCUCUGAGCUUAAAAUAUGUUUUUUUCAUUCAUGCUUAUUAUUCAUUGCAUAGUUAGAUUUUGGAAUGUUGAAGUGAAAUCAUGCUGAAAGCUAGACUUAAUAUCUGCUUCUUCUGACUCUAAAGCUUGUGGUUGAGGUCAGUGUUGCCAGUAGGUUGAUGUUAUGUCUACCAGACUUCACAUGUGACACGUGUAGUUGUAUUGUGAAGUGUCUCCUUGACUCUUGCAGCAAAUCAAGGUGCCCUUUUGCCCCAUGUUUGUAGUUCCUUUGUCUGUUAAUGACAACUAAUACCACACCUUCUUUGCAGCCUACCAGGAUCUAGCUCUUAAAAGUGAGUAGCUUGACAUGAUUAUUGCAAAAGCAAAGAAAAACAUUGGAACAUAGAUUCAGGGAAGAGUAUAGAAAAACAUCCAGGCUCAAACCUACAUCUCAAAUGUUGCUUUCAAAUUCUGUCUUUGUUGACCUAUUCGUACUACUCCUCCUCUGCUAAAAGCAGGUCUAGACUAGGAGAAGAAAAAUGGUUUGUAUCUUGCUUUUCCAGCCCUAUUAGAAGUGCUACUGACUGGCUCCAGACAAGUGGCAGUACAAAGCAUGUGGCUUUUUUUUGUAGAAGUUACUAUAAAGCAGGUCUUACGAAAUGAUAGGACACGUUUCCACUAGUUGCUUAUGUUACACUGCUGUUAGAUCUGAAGAGUCAGGCUAUUUAACUUUUAAAAUAGCGAUGUGUGAAGAAUGUUAAGAGUGCGUGAGGCUAGAACCUGCCAAAUGGAGAAGCAGGAUCUGUUUUCACCAUACUGGAGAAAAUCAGUUGGUGUCUCUAACUUUAGGCAUGCCUGUUUGGUGUUUCCUAGUGCUGUCAGAUUUCCUUGAACUUAACAGCAGGGAAGAGAAAGAAAAUGAGCAGUUAAGCACUUUCAUUCAUAUUAAAUCAUUGGGUUAUGCUCAAUAUUGUAAGCGGGUAGUGAGUCCUAGACAUAGAGGCUGGGAGGAAAAGUUCCUCUGCAUUGUCACUGGGGUAAAGUUCAGGUACUUUGUUAGUCAAUGGUGACUUCCUUCAGCAAGUACAGAAUGCAGUGCUGAUGAAGUAGGUUUCCUUGAAACAGUGGCAAAGUCCUUGGCAUUGCACCUGUGAGUGUAACUAGUGCUCAUGAAAAAUGCCUUGUUUACCUCCCUUUUCUUGCUAAUUCUAGAAAGUUCCUCCAGUGGUGUCUCGCCAUGCGCAGAGUAACCGGUCCUUCCUGAAUGUGGGCUAGGUCUCAAAGCUGCAUGCACAGGAUUAAUAUUUUGCACAAACCAAAGCAGAGAUGAGCAUAACUGAGGUAUCGACUGCUUUUGGGACUGCUGGGUUAUGUGCGCCCUUGCACCCCCCAAGGCAGACUGCAGUUUUGCCAGCAGCAGUAGGUUUGCACAGUCACUGGCUACUGCAUUCUCUGCUGAUCACAGGAAUACUUCAGGGUAGCAUAAAUGUGGAAACUUUAGUCCUCCUUAGCUGUGUUCUUAAUUGCCUAACAAUUGCAGUGUAACAAAUGCUUUGUAAAUAAGUUCAAAUUAGUCCUGUACAGUUGCCUGUGCUUUUUGAGUCGGUUGACAUUUUCUUGACAAGAACUUGCAGGUGACUGGCCUGUGAAAGCUGGAGAAGGAAUGUAUUGUUUCCUUCCCCCUGGGUCUGACCCUGGUGCAGAGCAGCUCCAGCUACUGGCUGCCCGGUGGCGGGAGCGAAGGGUGACUCAGUUGGGCUGUGGUUCUCAUAUUGAUGAAUCUUGCAGUGCUUGCUUGCUCUCCGUUUGGGUGAGCUUCUUGUUGACUGCAGUUUAGACUGCGUUAAGCUUCCAACAUAUGCUCCAAAAAUACAAAAUCACUAAUUUUUAUGAAGGAUACGUGUUGUCAUGGAAGUUUUUUUUUUAUUACCAAAAGAGGAUUAAGAGGCAUUGUGAGAACUCCCAAAACUCUUUAGUGGAAUGUACUGUAUUUUUGCAAUGUAGACUUCUGGAAGUGAUUGUCAUCUCUGAUAAGGACUUAGAUUGCUGUGAUGUCCUUAUUACAUUUACCUGUAGUCGUGAUUGUACUUUCUAUACCUGUGAUUUUUCUGGUCUGGGGUGUGUGGAAGGACAUAACAGAUGUUAAAGUCCUACUUUUUGCCAUCAUUUAGGAAAGUCAAUGUACUGAGUAAUUUUGCUACUAAUGAAAUGGAAAUUAUACCUGUAUGUAUAUAAAGGUAAUACAGUCAAAUUAAGCCUUGUUUAAAAGUAGAUUUAUUGUUUGGCACAAUAUCCUUGAACAGAAUAUUUUGCUUUGAAAUGUAUUAUGACUUGACUUAACCAGUGAUCAAUUAAAACAACCAAAAUGA